AUGGCGUUCCUCUCGUUGAAGUCGUUAGCUUUGGCCGCUGGGCUAAUCAGCCAUGCUUUAGCCGAAUUGACCACUGCUGAGAACUCUACCCACAUCUCCCUCUCCAACAUACGCUUCGCAGUUGUUCUCGCCAAGUCUAGUGGACAUAUCAUCGAUGCUACACUCGAUGGUCAAGAUCUUCUCGGACCGCUGAGCGGGAAUAGCGGCAAGGGUCCCUAUGUUGACUGCUCUUGUAUCCCAACUGGUUUCUGGACACCUGGUAGCACCGCAGAUCUCCGCCUCGUUAAAGGUACUGAUUCUACUGGAACGAAGUAUGGCGGCAUUAUUAUGAGCGACACCUACAAGCCGACCAACCAGACUCUGUCGCAGUACUUCUUCCUCAGGGGUGAGGAAACAGGUCUGCAUGCGUUUACUCGUCUUACCUACUUCAAUGCGUCGAAGCCAUUCUUGCGAGAUCUCGGUGAAUUGCGUACACUGUUCAGGCCGAAUACCAAGCUUUGGACUCAUUUUUCUACCAGUGAGGGAAACUAUGGUCCUUUGCCUGAUGCUUCGGGUGCUUCGACAGUCCAAGAUGCUACUUGGUAUGUCGGCAAUAAAACCGAUGAUCCGUACGUUGAGCAAUACUCCGACUACUGGACAAAGUACACUCUCUCGGAGAGUUGGCGCAACCAUGAUGUCCACGGCCAGUUCAGCGAUGGCUCUACCAGUGCAGAUGGAAGUACAUUCGGUGCAUGGCUUGUUCACAAUACGCGAGAGACAUAUUAUGGCGGACCUUUGCACUCUGAUCUCGUGGUUGACGGUAUCGUGUAUAAUUACAUCGUAUCCGGCCAUCAUGGCGCGCCGAUGCCAAACAUCACUCAUGGCUUUGAUCGAACCUGGGGCCCACAGUACUACUACUUCAACAAAGGCGGUAAAGACGCGACAAUUGCUGAUCUUCGAGCUGAUGCCACCAAGUAUGCGGAUCCAGAGUGGAACACGAAGUUCUAUGACAGCAUUGCUCAACAUGUUCCGAAUUAUACCCCGUCAGCGAAGCGAACUACUUACAGUGGCAAAGUGAAGCUUCCCAAGGGCGCAAAGAAGCCGAUCAUUGUUCUUUCAGAGAACAAGCAGGACUUUCAGCUCAAUGUGUUCAAUACAAAGUCACUUCAAUAUUGGGCUGAGAUUGAUGAGUCUGGUGGCUUUAGCAUCCCUCAGGUCGUGGACGGCGUGUACAGAGUCACCAUCUACGCUGAUGAAGUGUUUGGAUGGUACAUCAAAGACGACAUUCGCAUAUCCAAAUCCCACAACAAGGACAGUUUCACAUGGAAAGAGGAGAACGCCGGAAAGGAGCUCUGGCGUAUCGGUACACCAGACAAAUCAUCUGGCGAGUAUCUUCACGGAUACGCCCCUGAUACUUCAAAGCCUCUCCAGCCAGAGCAAUACCGCAUUUACUGGGCCAAGUACGACUUUGUCGAAGAUUUCCCCAAGGGUGUCAGCUUCCACGUCGGAAAGGAUCAAGAAGCUGAAGAUCUAAACUACGUCCACUGGUCCUUCAUCGCCGCAAAAGGAAACCAUCUCCGAUCGGAGAAUUAUUACGACAACGUCAACAACUGGACCAUAACAUUCGACCUAACGAAACCACAACUCAAAAACGUCAAGACCGCAACUUUCACAGUGCAACUCGCCGGCGUACGUACCGGCAACGGUAACGCGAAGUGGACGCCCGUCAACGAUCGCUUUAACAGUAACUUACCCUGGACUGUUAACGUGAACGGCGGGUAUGAGGAUACAUGGGUGAUUCCGUACUGGCGAAGCGGCUCGUGUGCUGUUCGUAGUGCGGUUGCGUGUCAGAACAUUGAGCACAAGUUUGAGUUUCCGACUGAGAGGCUGAGGGUGGGGAGGAAUGAGUUUGUGUUGAGUUUGCCGUUUAAUGCUUCUAGUGUUGAGACGGCGCUAUUGCCUGAUACUCUUUAUGUGCAGUAUGAUGCGUUGAGGUUGGAGGUUAAGUAG